UGGCAAAGAAUGGAGACUGAAUUUUACAAGGUUACCAUGGCCUCAAAGCAAUUGACUCCCGACCAGCUGAACUUUACCCGUUUGGCAGUGGUUUGCUUAGAAGUGAUAAAAUUAGUAUUGAAAGACAUUCUAAACUUUAAGAUACCGCCAUGUAGUCUGUACAGUACCAUAAAGAAAGAUAAGAAAACUGUCAAACUGAAUCGAGAUCAAUUGGAGCUAUGUUACAAAAAACCGCCUCUUCUACCUGACUACGAGAAGUUUGACGUAACCUUGCUUUAUGCACUGAUACGUAAUUUCUGUGAUAAUUUAAAGCCUACAAAUGGAUGGGGAAAGAUGCCUUCUCAAAUGGCAAACCAAAUUGGUGACGACAUCGAACGCCUCAGGAUCUUUAGGAACAAUUCCUAUGGCCAUUUGAAUUCUACUUCUGUUUCUAAUUCAGAGAUGAAAAAACAAUCGCAAAUGUUGCAAAAUGUAAUGGGGCGAAUCCAAACUUUUAUGAAGUCAAACGGAUCCUUGGAAAACUAUAUGGAAAAACUUGACGAUGCACUGAAUUCUCACUUCGGAACUGAUGAUAUGGAAAAGUGUAAAAUAGAACUUGAAACACUGAUGACACUGUUGAGCAAGGAAAGGAACGCUCGAAAGAUGCGUGGAUGCCUUCCAUGUCUAAGAGGUUCUGAAGAUUUGGAUUCACAGAGGAACUUUUAUCGCAAAUGGGGAUCCACUACUAGACAUGCGUGUCUCAUGUCCAGGAUUGAUAAAAAACGAGGACUUCUUGCCAACCUUAAAACAGAAUUGAAACUGAAGGUGACGUGCUUCUAG